UUGACCCCCGGCGGCUUCCGUCGCGCUGCCGGAAGCGGUUUCUCGGCGUUACGGGGUCCCGCACCGGGGAGCGGAGCUGCCGCCGCCCGGCCCCGGCCCAGCCAUGGAGACCUGGGUGCGCUUCAGCGCCCAGAGCCAGGCCAAGGAGCGGCUCUUCAGGGCCGCGCAGUACGGCUGCGCCCUGGCGGGGGACGCGCUGCGGAGGAGCGGGGCGAGCGGCGGGGCCUUGGCCAGCCUCAGGCAGCUGGAGGCUCACCUCAGCCUGGGCCGCAAGCUGCUGCGGCUGGGCAGCUCGGCCGAGGCGCUGGAGGCGGCGAAGCGAGGCAUCCACCUGUCGGACAUGGUGCUGCGGUUCUGCGUCACCCUCGGCCACCUCAACAGGGCCAUGUACUUCGCCUGCGACAACGUCCUCUGGGCGGGGAAAGCGGGGCUCGUCCCCGCCGUGGACCAGGAGAAGUGGAGCCAGAGAUCCUUCAGGUAUUACCUCUUCGCCCUCGUCGUGAGCCUGAGCCGGGACGCCUACGAGAUCCGGAUCCUGAUGGAGCGGGAGGCGGGCGGGAGGCGAGCGAAAGGCGGCGAGAGCGGGCGCCAGCUCCGGGCUGACAACGGGCUCCAGCAACUGGGGCUGAGGCUGCAGAUCCAGCUCCGGCUCCUGAUCCACGUCCUCCGGAACAACCCUCCUCUGCUGCUGGACGUGAAAUCCGAGCGCAGGCAGAGGGAAGGUGAGUUGAAAGGACUUUGGCGGCGGAAGAGCCGUACCCGGCUGGGUACCCUGGAGCUGAACCCCGGGGUAAGUCCCGCUCCGCCGCCUGCUCGAGGCGAGGUCGGGGCAGGCCGUUUCCCCGUAGGAGAAUAUUUCCCCGCAAUCCCCGUGGGGAAGAAGCGACCGCAGCGAGUCGUGCCGAGCCGUGGGGUCGCUCGCAGCCCUUCCCGUGCGGAUCGGGACUCGGGCAGCCCGAGCUCUUCCCCGCCGCUGUGAAGAAGCGGAGGCCUGUGCGGCCGCCUGCCUCCCUCCGCCCGGAGCGGCGCCGGCUCGCCCCGCUCAGCCCCUGCUGCGCUUCGCUCCUCCGGCGACCCUUCUAGUGGGUGGAUUUUUUUUGCCAUAAUGGGAUAAAUCGGGGAGGGGACAGCUCGAUGCCGCGAUUCCUCGCGUUGGUUGUUCCCACCUGCUUUUCCCCCCGAGCUGGUGCUGCCGCCUCACUGAAUUUGACCCUUUCUUUUGGUUUCUGUGGCGCCAGGUAACGCUGUUUAUGCCAGGCAGCAGGUUCGACCCGGCUCUAAAGAGCAUUUUAUUUACCCACGGACUAAAGGACAUGCUUGGAGCUGGUGAUUAUUUGUACCCAGGGGUGGGAUGUUCCUCGGUCCAUCCCCAGGAGGGCGAUACGGAGGGGGGGAGGGAGCGACCUCAUGUGUUUUUAAAACCUACUGGUGUUUUUGCUGAGCUCCAGCAGCUCCGUACGCGAACAGCUUGGGCUUCACCCCCUUCCAGGUACGUCUGUGCCAUGGCAAAGGCUUCUUAGUCUGGGCUUGGCUCCGGGAUCUCUGGCACUUUUAUUUUGGCAUUUUUGUGGGCUCUGGGGUGAUUUGGGUAGGGAAAAGGCCGAGUCGCGGGGAAGGGUGGGUGCAGGCGGCCCAAAACUGAGCCGACCUACCUGGAGCUGCAGCGAGCUUUAGCAAGAGGGGGUUUAAUUGAGCUGGGUAACGAAGGAGGCGGCGGCGGGGUGCAAGAACUGGGUCGCCGCGCCCGCGAAGCGCCUCGGCCGGGGAAUUUGCGGGGCGAGGUACUCGGACCCCAGCGCGAGGGCGGGAGGAGCCGCCCCCCAGCCCCCCUCGGCUCACGGCGAAGGGCUCGGGUGAAACCCCAGCCUGGGCUCGGUCCGCGCUAACCCCGGGCCCGCGGCCCUUCGCUGAGUAUUAAAGCCCCGAUUGCCGAGACGCCGUGGUUUUCUUGUGUCCUCGCGAUGCCGGGGGGACGAACGGCUCCGUGGGAGAGGCCGGGAGGGCAAACGAGCUCGUUUCAUCUUUCCCUUGAGCUUUUCCUCUCUCCGGGGGUGGUUUUUUUGCUGCGGGAGAGUCCGGCUCGGCCGCUUUUCAGGAGCCACGAGUUCCCUUAUGGGGGGAAAUGGUCGCUAACCGGGCGAGGGUCUUUGUUGGCCCUCCAUGAUUUUGGCCCUCAACGAUUUCAUAUUAAAAGGAAGGG